GGCCCUGGUUUUGAAUCUCGUCACCCGGCAGAUCUAUGAAUGGCAAAUCGGCCUGACUGCUAAUUAAGUCCUGGACCGCAACGGCAGUGCCAGAAUUUGAAUCGGAUUAGUUGUGAGCGAGAGAUGGGGUUGUUGCCAAGUUCUUGAGAGAGCAGGCCUGGAGACCCCGCGGUGACUGUGUACUAGCGAUCCGUUUCACUACUGCCUACUUCUGUGAUCCUAUCCAGAGAAAGUCACGCGUUCAAAAGAAAUUAAACCUCGUUACACCGGCACUUUGAACGAGGGAAUGGCCGGGUCAGCUGUCACAGCCGACGGUCUUCCACCUCCUACUGCCCGCGAUCGACGCGGCGGACAGAACCGCGGAGAUCAGCAGUCGUUUCCAGGUGGUGGGGAACAUGGCGGGAAAAAGACGAUGCUCAGCAAAAGCGAGCAACUGAUGGAAGCCGUGAGACGCGGCGAGUUGACGGCCGUUCGGAGACUGGUGGACAAGAGCGGUGCCGACGUGUGCACUGUGAACACGUACGGCUUGAGUUGUUUGCAGUUGGCCAUAAUAGGAGGCCAUACAAAGCUGGCCGAGUUUAUCAUACAGAGGGGAGCCAACAUUCACUCAAUAGACUCGCAAGGCUGGACUGCUCUGCACGACGCUGCCCAGAUGGACAUGAAGGGGCUGGUGAGAAAACUGGUGUCAAAGGGGUGUGGUGUCACUGCGACCACUGAUCUGGGUGAACUACCCAUCGAUGUGGCAGCGAGUGUUGACAUGGAGAGGACCCUGUGCGCACAGAUGGCUCUCGCUGGGGAGGAAAAGCUGGCGAGGGACUACGAAGAGUAUCUCGGCCUCGGACAUGUGACCGACGAAAACCGUGUGAUUUUUCCCAUGUCACAUCGGGGCCCACUGCCCAUGUGUUUCACAAACAGCCAUGCGGCUGCCUACGCUCGCUUUUCCCCUCUACCAAACAAGAUGCAACUACAAAGGAGGCACUCUUCACCAGUGCUCCCCAUAUCACUUCAUAGACCCACCACUACUGUGGGCCAUCAGCACCAUGGUCCAUCAAAAUUGAAAAGGACCGUCGCUUUCAUUGAGGAGGAAGAGGCGGAGGAAAAACCGCGAGAAAAUCGCCCGGAAGCCGCGACCGGUAACGAUCUUCGGCACCACACGAAGCUACAGGAAGCCGUAAUUGACCCGCCGAUGCACUGCAGUGGCCACCACCUACUCCACGACACGGGACGUCACCACCAAUAUUAUAGGUCUUCCGGGAGUAUAAAUGCACCUCGCCAGCCAAGGCCAAGCAGUAUAGUUGUAGCUUCUGCAGGUGUUGCGGGCGGAGGCCGUGCUAAUCCCUCCGGCAUUCGUGGGAGUGCCGCCAACAGUAACGUCAGGAGUUUGCAUCGCCGAGAGAAACGAGCCGAACUGGGCGCCUUCCGUUCCUCGGCGACCCUCUCUGCGGCACUGGGCGUGUGUUUCGAUUCCGUAGCGACGACCUUCGACGGUGGAGAUAGUCCCGCUGACGAAGACUUAUCCCCCGACGAUCCUACGAGUUCUACGGCCGACAGUACUCCGGCAGGAGCGGGAGCGACGGACGACUUUACGAAUCGCACGAGAAAGAUCAGCUUCUGCGAACAGAGUGUGUACGCAGCGAUGGCGCGGACCAAGCUUGGCCCCAGCUCCGUUGCCUCCGCGGCGAAGGAGCGCGCUGCGGGUCACCUGUGCGACGCGGAGCGGCGAGAGCUGCAAGAGCUGAAGGGGACCGGGGUGGGCGAGAGAGUGAUGGACGAGCCCGAUGCCGACGACCACGACAUCGCCGUCUCGAGAGGAAUCGCAAUCGCCAACUUGAAGCGACUCCCACGUAAACCAAGCAUCAUCUUCCCCGAGCAGCGUCGGCGGAGCUCCGCGGAAGGCGUACCCGCAGCGAGCGGAGGAGGAGCGUCCUACAGACGACGCAGCGUCACCUUCCAGCCAGAAGUCCUUCUCCAAGAGAUGAUCCUCGACGGAGACUUGCUAGCAGUGAAGAAAAUCCUCGACUCAGGGACACUGGAGGACAUCAACAAACUGAGUCCAGCAGGUCUCACUGCCCUACACCAGAGUGCAAUAGACGGGCACCUCGAGUGUGCCAAGGCGCUCGUAGCGAGCGGUGCAAACAUCAACUGCACUGACUGCGAGCUCUGGACCCCACUUCAUGCCGCUGCCAUGUCUGGAAAAAUCGAAGUAGUUCGCUACCUCCUUAGUCAUGGGGCCGACAUGCACCUCAAGAACGAGUCCCAGCAGACGGCGUACGACGUGGCAAAGACGGGACCCAUCCGCAAACUGCUCCUGUGUGCCAUGAACGGGAAGAGCCCCGACGCAGACGAAAUCUCAGACGGGGAAUACUCGGAGGAAGAAGACAGGGAGUACAGUCACAUGGAGUCGGAGUCCGACGACGAUGGAGAGGAGCCAUGUUACUUUGACUCCCCGAAGACCAGCCACGAAAACUCGGCCUCUCCGUCGCCCGACUUUGGGGAAGACAGCGUGUUUGUGAACGGGACAAAGAGGCUCCCUCCACCGGCCACCGAAGGCCUGACCACCAUCCUCGAUUCUUCCUCCACGACAGAUAACUCCCGCUCAUCCUCCUUGUCCAACAACAAUGCCGCUGUUGGCGAGGAAUCCGGAGGAAACGACUUCGCCUCGGAGGACCAAGGCAUCAGCACCAUGGACGGUUCGAGCGAUUGCAGCCACCGAAGUCGGAUGCUCUCGGAGGACGAGGGAACGACCAGGGACGUCCUCGACGCUGAUCUCAUUCCGGGGACCCUCGACUAUCGCUUCCAAGAAGCCUCUCUCUCCUGCAACGUGGACACCCUCCUCAAACUCGUCAAACACAGGACGGAAAUCGACUUGAAUCGGGUCAACAAAUCGUCAGGGGAUCACCGCACUCCACCACGCUGUACUGGAGGAAAACUUUGCUAUGGUUCAACACCUUGUCAAAGACUUUGAGGCUGACAUACACGCCAAGGACAGAGACGGGUGGACACCUCUUCACGCGGCGAGUGCCGUCGGGAACAUCAGGAUAGCCCAGUUUCUGCUGGAGAGUGGGGCAAAGGCGUCGGUCCUGAACAACCAGUGCGAGUUUCCCGUGGACGUAGCUGAGGACGAGGCGAUGGAGAAACUGUUGAAGAAUGUCAUGUUAGGGCCGAGCAUCGGGAAUCUCCUCAAAUGACGCACGAACUCUUUCCUUCUCUCUCUCUCUCUCGCUUUCCUCGUUUGUUUCUGUAGUCAAAUUUUAUCCGCUUCCAAUGUGUGCACCUUAUCAUUGUGUACACUUGCAACUUUUCACACAGGAAAAAAGCAAGUCAUCUCCCCUUUCCUUUCUCUCCCCCCCCUCUCUCUCUCUCAAGUUUUAUAACUCAGGCCAUUAUGGCCUGUAUUGUCUGCUCCAACCGCUACCCAUCAACUUUUCACAACACUUUUUCCUUUUCCUGCAUUUUGUCCUUUUGUCGUCCCUGUCGUAAGAGUAUUAUGUGCAGAGAAUCAAGUUGUGUACGAGUGAUUGCUGUCCUCACUGUCUGUUCAUUUGUACGAAGAGCACCCACCAUUUUUUUUGUUUACGUUUGUCCUGAGAUCAUAACACAUUAUACCUCUGAGUUUGUUUGUUGGUGCACCGUAUGCACCGAGAACAAGAUAAUAAAUAAAGUUUCAUUAACAAACUGA